UGUGGCAUGGUAUAGAACUUGAAACUGGCAUACCACUGUAUCCCUGGAGGUCUACUGGAUGGCGUCCAGGCCGUAUACACUCACUCACCCCUUUCCUGUUUGGCUUGUUUAGACUGUUUGUGGUUCUGUUAAUGUGCUUCUCCAUAUAUCCAGUCACCCCUUCAUCGUAUGUCCAUAUAACUCAAUAUAUACAUUUUAUGCCUAUAUCGUUUGUCAAUCUUGCUGCGGUAACUUUCGCAGUCCGCACCAAGUUCCGUGUCUCUUCCGGAAACCUCCGCCGUCCGAGUCAACUGUGUGCGAGAAAUACCCAGAAUACCCAAGCAUUCCUCGUUGCAUUCCAAGGAAUCCGGCAUUUUGGUGGAUGCCGUGCGGGCGCGGGUGCGAUCCGUACGUCAAAUGCCACGGCGUGCCAACUAUAAUGCCACAACUAAUAAUAUCAGUUAAGUACCUUGACCCAAAGCCCCGCGCAUUGGCUCUGUACAUA